UGCUGGAGACUCCACCACUCUGCUGACAUGCUGUUAAUGUUUAGCCGCUGGUUAAUCCUGACGGAUCAGAGAGGUGGAGGUAGAAGAGUUGGCUGUUUUCCUCCAGCUGGAGUAUGAAGGAAUGAAUUGUUUGAAACGCUGCAUCUAGGUAACUUGUGCAGAGUGAGUAAACUGACUGAAGACAGGUUACAGCUUCAUAUCCUCUCCGAGUGAGAAUCCUAUGAUGGCUCCGGAGCUGCUGACUGUCAUUGUGGCUUCAGUGUCUUGUAUAGCGUUCUGUUUGGUGAUCUUUGUGCUGGUGGUGGUGUUCUACAGGAAAGAACCUCUCUGCUGCAGAUUCAGACCUCACAGGACAGAACACUACACGGAUGAUUCACCUCAUUACCACAGCAGACACUCUUUGAUUGGCGUUGCCCGUAAUGAGCACAGUGCUGCCAUGAACCAGGGAGCUGUUGGACCACAGCUUCCUGGAAGACUGUUUAUAAUUGGAAAGCCAAAUGACUACCACCUGAGUGAGGCUCUGCCGAGGCUGCCGUCCUAUGAGAGCGUUCGUAAGAAGGACCGGCAGAGGCAGAUCCACUCUCUGAUUUCACAGCGCUUCGGCCUCAGUGGCUACAACGAAGAGCCUCCACCAACAUAUGAAGAAACUGUUCGCCACUCCCUUGAAAUUUCACCCGUACAUCUUCACUCUCUGGAUGUCCGCCUGUCAGUCCACUCCCAUGAUCACUCCUCAUACCUCAGUGAAGACACACACAUCAACCCCCGUCAACCAUCCUCAGCACUCCAGGGUGCAUCUUCUUCCUACUGCCCGGCAGAGAGCUCCAGGUUUCUGUCUAUCUGAUGGUCCAAGAAUUUGCAGCCAAGCCACAGCAUGAGAAAGAACGCCAAGAAACUGACGUGAUCAGGGACAAGAAAAGGGCUCCGGGAAGGGAACGCCUGUGCUUUGAGGCAGAGCUGUUGAUAGAUCUAUGUGAUUGUGCUUGGAGGUAUUCUCAUGAUAAUGACUCUGAUGCAGUCUGAAUAACAUGUCUCUGCAUUGUUCUUGCAAUUACUGGCAAGUUUUUCAUUUUGUUUUUGAGAAUCUUGUAAUGGGUUUAAAGGUUUCACAAAUAUGAUUCCUUGAUCAAAAUAUUUUUGUACUGAGGCCAAUAUCAAUUAAAUACCAGUGAAAUCCUGAA